AUGGGGUGCAGGACGAGCAAGGUCCUCCCUGAGCCACCUGGAGAUGUCCAGCUAGACUUGGUCAAAAAGGUGGAGCCCCCCCAGACCGACAUCUACAAACAUUUCAUCCGAGGCGACGGCAGUGGGAGUAAAAUGAGAGGUGAGAAAACAGGCUCUCCCUCACCCCAGGCCCAGGCACCCCCAGAUACAGGCCAACCAGAGGCCUCUGACCCACGCAGAAACAAGGUAGCCAAGUACCGAGCUAAGUUUGACCCACGGGUCACAGCCAAAUAUGACAUUAAGGCGCUGAUAGGCCGAGGUAGCUUCAGUCGGGUGGUGCGAGUGGAGCACAAGAGCACGCGGCAGCCCUACGCCAUCAAGAUGAUAGAGACGCGCUAUAGAGAGGGACGUGAGGUAUGUGAGUCAGAGCUGUGUGUCCUGCGGCGUGUACGCCACACCAACAUCAUCCAGCUGAUGGAGGUGUUUGAGACAGCUGAGAGAGUAUACAUGGUGAUGGAGCUGGCUACAGGGGGAGAGCUUUUUGACCGUAUCAUCGCCCGUGGCUCUUUCACAGAGCGUGAUGCUACACGCGUCCUACAGAUGGUACUGGACGGGGUCAAGUAUCUACAUACACUUGGCAUCACCCACCGUGACCUCAAGCCUGAGAACCUGCUCUACUAUCACCCCGGAGCGGACUCUAAGAUUAUGAUCACUGACUUUGGGCUGGCCAGCACUCGUAAAAAAGGUGAUGAAUGCUUGAUGAAGACCACUUGUGGGACACCAGAGUACAUUGCCCCAGAGAUCCUGGUACGAAAGCCAUACACUAAUGCUGUGGACAUGUGGGCUCUGGGGGUCAUCUCCUACAUUCUGCUAAGUGGCACCAUGCCCUUUGAGGAUGAUAACCGCAUGCGCCUCUACCGUCAGAUCCUCAAGGGGAAGUACAGCUUUUCUGGGGAGGUAAGCACAUAUGACUUUACACCCUCUUCAUCCAUUUAUUUUCUGUUUCUUACUAAUUUGUUGACUCAGGAGUGUCAACUUAUGUAAAUAAGAUAUUACUGUAUUUCAUUUUCAGUAGAUUUACAAACAUUUCUAAAAACAUGUUUUCACUUUGUCAUUAUCGGUAUUGUUUGUAGAUGGGUGAGAGAAAAAAAAUGAAUACUUUCUGAAGGCACUGUAGAUUUUAAAACAAAUUUUUGAGUAGAUUGUUUUGGAGUAGUGGACUCUACACAUGAUGGUAAUUAUCAGAAAUACCUUCAGCAUCAUGUCGGCGUGGGGAUGUAACAUCUGUAAGCUGUGUAUGUGUCAUGUAUGUUAAGCUCAUAUGAGAUUUAUCUGUGGGUCUAAAAAACAGUAUAUUGGGUGUCUGCUGGGUGAUUGGAAAUGCAGCAGUUUACAGUUCAGGGGGUGGAACAUCUAGGGCUGCGGCGGUCAUGACAUUUUGUUAGCCGGUUAUUGUCAUGCAAAAGACUGCCGGUCUCAAGGUAAUUGACUGUUAAUUAACAUAAACACAUUUAGCAUCCCCAGGCCUCCACGCAUACAAGCCGCAUACAAGCUGCUGAUGCGCACCUUUUGGAACAUCUACAUUUAAAAAAGUCUAAUAAAUCAAUUGAAUAUACACCAUCACAAUAAAAACAUUUAUUUUAGGCCGGGCUAAAGAAACAUGAUAUGACGAAAAAUGUAUUUCAGAAGAACAGUUGCCUACUGUAUGUUAUCUGGCUAUCCGCCAUGCCAUAGGCUUUAGGCUAGUUCAUUUUGCAGACAAGAUAUGCUUUAAGUCCCACGCCAUUAUUUUAUAUUAUUUUAUAGGAAGAAGAAUAUAAUUUAGCUAAAUAAAAUAGAAGGGAUAUUUUUCCCAAUUCCGGAGCGAGUGCGCAUAUGAAGUGGCUGUGUUGAGCAUAAAAGUGAUCAUUUGAAACAGGUCCUAUAUGUUCGAUUUUAAGAUAUAACAUAUUUAAUUAAACUGUUGAUAGCCCCUCUCACUGUGUGCUCGAGAAAGGAAUGAAGGAGAGAGGGGUGAAGAUGGAAACGCAAGUUGGUAAUGUCAGCCUAUUAAUUAUGAACAUUUUAAAAACUCCCUAUUACUAGGCUAUUCAAAAUCAAAUACAAAUUCACUAAUUGUAGACUAACUCUGUAAUUAUGUACCGAAGACAUCUUAAAUUAGUUUUUCUUUUCCUGCCAUGCAUAAUAUGCGGUAGGCUAUGUAUUGUAUACGCACAGUCAUUAUUUUAAUUCAGGGUUUUUUUUCGGGCUUGGGCUCAUAUAUAGGCCUAUUCGUUUUGAAUUCAUCCUCACCUUAGAAAGCGUUGCGUUAGGCUUUGAAACAUCCACAAAGACCAUGUUUUCCACUCAGUUUCAACCUGUUGUUGAACUUCUUUCUUCAAAUUGAUGAGUCACAGUUAGGUACGUUUUAAAACCACAUACUGUUUUGAUGAUAAGUGUUUGAUGUGAUUUUUGAUUGAAUUUGCAUUGACGUCAUAGUGGUUAGAGGGACAAUAGAGCCCCGAGUACCAGGCCAUUAGCGACCUGAUGAUUGUUUAGCGAGUUGAGUACUACCAACGCAUGUCCAGAGUGCAUAAAAUGAGAUUACCGUGACUCAACGGUCACAUGUCAUUUUACUGCGGUCAUGACUCAUGUGGCAGUAAUAUGGUCACUGCAACAGCCCUAGUAACAUCUGACUGAGGUAGAAACAAGUGUUCAGUAGGGCACUUGAGUGUGCUUAGUGGUCAAGAACUCGAAUGAAAAUGAAGAGGAUUUUGACUCCGCUGUAGUAAAGACAGAUUCCUCAUAUUUACAAAGCUACCCAAUCAUGCCAAAAGAGUUGAGGAACACCUGAAUCCUUGCAGAGAAUCAAAAGGUAAGUUAAAAACAACUAAAAGAUGUCUCUUUGUUAAAUUCAUACUGGAUGCAUUGCAGACAGUUGCUUAUGUGUUAGGUUUCAUUUUAAUCAAAAACGUGUGUCUGUGUUUCUCGACUGGGCGUAAUGCUCAUGUCUUGUCAUCUCUAAACUUCCAACACGACCCCCCUACGUGACUUUGUGACGUAGCCUAAGGCUGGAGUUCCUGGAAGCAACCACAGUAUGCUUAAUGUGUGUGUGCGUCAGGGCCUUUCUUAUACUCUGAAUCAGACAGGCUCAGCUUCUCAGUGGGGGUAACAUACAUGGGUGUAGCUAUUUUUCCUUUAUAAAGGCCUAAUGUUUAUGCUGUAGUCUGAUGGCAACCACCCCCUGUCGUUUAUCACUGGACAGCGCUUUGGAUGAGACAAAGACAAUCUUGGCCAUGUCUUUUCCCUUGGAUCCUAGGGUUCUGAAAUUGUACUCAAUAUCUCGUUACCGUAUGUUACUCUACAGAAAAAUUAUUGGCCUUUAUGUUCACAUUGUGAAGUUAGUACUGCGCUAUUAGCGUGUAAGUCGCUCUGGAUAAGAGCGUCUGCUAAAUGACGUAAAUGUAGCCUGUAGGUUUACAGAGCCUUACAGUACAGUAAUGUUAAACUGUAGCUGCUUUACACAGUGCUGCCCUCUUGUGUGUAUUGGUCAUUAUAGCCAUGUCCCAAAAUUGAACUGGUAUCAACCAGUGUGCUAGAGAAAUGGACUCUCUCUGCUACUUAAUUACUUUGAUUUGACCCCCCCCCCCCCCCAAUAGUGCAUUGAAAUGUGCAGUUUCUCGACAUUUAAACCUCUUUAUUUCUCCCUGCUCAGCCAUGGCCCAGUGUGUCUAACCUGGCGAAGGACUUCAUCGACCGUGUGCUGACUGUUGACCCCAGUGAGAGGUUAACAGCAGGCCAGGCUCUGAAGCACCCCUGGAUCGUCAGCAUGGCCGCGUCGUCCUCCAUGAAGAACCUGCAGCGCUCCAUCUCCCAAAACCUCCUGAAGAGGGCCUCGUCACGCUGCCACAGCACCAAGUCUGCCCAGUCCACACGCUCCAGCCGCUCCACCAAGUCCAACAAGGCUCGCCGUGCUCGGGAGAAAGAGCUGCGUGAGCUCAACCGCCGCUACCAACAACAAUACAAUGGCUGA